CCUCCGCCCUCCUCCGAGGAGUCCCUGGUCGCCCUCCGCGUGAUGCGGCUGUGCCGGCCGUCCUUUGUGCAGCAGCCGCCGCUGCCGGGCGCUGCAGUCUCCGCGGCGGCCUCGUCGAGCGGCGCGGGUGGCGUCGACGACGGCGCCCUGCUGACCGGCUGGAUGGCGCUGCCGCAGUCGUUUGGCGACAUCUACCUGGGCGAGACCUUCUCGUGCUACAUCUCGCUCGCAAACGUCGCCGGCUUUGAGCUCGGCGCGGUCGCGCUCAAGGUGGAGGUGCAGACGCAGGUGCAGCGCGAGACGCUCGCCAACACGGCGGCGGCGGGCGCCGACGGCACUCCGCCGCCGCCCGAGGGGCUGGCCGCCGGCCAGACGCUCGACCGGAUCAUCCGGUACGAGCUGCGCGACGUCGGGAUCCACAUCCUGAUCUGCUCCGCCUCGUACAGCGACCGCGAGGGCACGCGCCGCUCCUUCCGCAAGUUUUUCAAGUUUGCGGUGCAGAACCCGCUCUCGAUGAAGUCGAAGACGCACUCGCUCAGCCACUCGGACGAGAUCCUGGUCGAGACGCAGCUGCAGAACGCGACGCCGCACCUCCUCUUCCUCGAGUCGGUCGCCUUCUCUCCCGCCGCCGCCUUUAGCUCCGAGCCGCUCACCGGCGAGCUGGCGGGUGGCGGCGCGGCGGAGGGCGGCGCGGCGGAGGGCGGCGCGGAGGGCGGCGGGGUCGCGGCCCCCGUGCCGGCGUUCGGCUCGAUGGAGUACCUCCGGCCGGGCGACACGCAGCAGUAUAUGUACCGCCUGACGCCGCGCGCGCGACCGAGCGCAGGCGGCAAGCCGGCGAGCGGGCUGGGCCGGAUGGAGGUGAUCUGGAAGGGGGCGAUGGGCGAGGCGGGGCACCUGCAGUCCAACCUGGUGCACCGCAAGUCGGCGCCGAGCAGGCCGCUCGACGUCGCCGUCGUGUCCGCCCCCGAGGCGGUCGAGCUGGAGGCGCCCUUCGAGCUGCGCUGCGUCGUCACAAACGCCAGCUCCAAGCCGCGCGAGCUGACGGCGCGGCUCGAGGCGGCGCUCGACCGGCCGAUCGUCGCGACCGGCGCGCUGCCGCGCUCGCUCGGCCUCCUCAAGCCGCAGACCUCCCUCCCCUUCACGCUCUCGCUGCUGCCGCUCGAGCCGGGCGUGCACGCGGUGUCGGGCCUGCAGCUGGUCGACGUGCAGACCGGUGAGGCGUUUGACGUCGGACCGCUCGCGCCGCUGCUCGUG